AUGACAGGAAGAGCCAACGAGGAACAACUCACUCCAGAGCUUUUACAGCUCCGUGUUAAACAGGGAUUGCAGAAACGAAAGAAGUGUGCGCUUUGUCUCCAAGUUUUCUAUGUAAAUGAGUUGCCUGGUGCUAUUACGCACAAGUCUAUAUUGGAAUUGCGUCAAAAGUGGGGAAUGAAUGUACUUCGAGGAGAUCGUAUGCCUCCACCCUCUCAGUUAUAUAAGAGAGAAGAACUUUGUGUCUUUUGUAUGCAAUUCUUUGACACCAGUGGGGCCGUUCAAUCCCAACAACAACUCUUAGCCUCCACUCGUGGUGGGGUACCAGCGCAUUUGACUUUACGUUAA